AUGCAAAAUCAAAAAACUAAUAAUAGAGAAUGCUGUAAUUUAAGUUUCAAAAACAUAUCAUCUACAACUCAAAAGAGUAUUCCUAAAUAUAAGAAAUGGGUAAAAUCUAUUAUUUUUUAUAUUAAACACUUUUGGAUAAUUUUUAUUAUCGGACAAAUUCUUAGUUUAAUGAUUACAGCAUCAAGUACAUUUACUACAAAAUUAAACAAUUAUCAUAUAAACUUACCUACGUUUCAAACAUUUCCUAAUUAUGCUCUUCUUGCGUUUGUCUAUACUUGUUUUACAGUUUAUUCAUUUGGAUUUAAAAAAUAUACAAAAUUAUUUUUAAAAAAUGGAUGGAAAUAUUUUAUUUUAGCAUUUUUGGAUGUUGAAGCAAAUUUCCUUGUCGUAAAAGCAUAUGAAUACACUAGUAUUUUAUCAUGCACUCUUUUAGACUCUUUUUCAAUAAUAACUGUUUUUAUUUUAAGUUUUUUUUUUUUAAAAGUACGAUAUAAUAUACCACAAAUAUUAGGAAUUUUGAUAUGUUUUGGGGGUCUUAUAACAUUAGCAAUAAGUGACUUCAAGACAAAAAAAAACUAUAUUGUUAAAGAUCCCAUCAAGGGUAAUAUUUUCAUGAUUAUUGGAUCAUCUUUAUAUGGUGUAAGCAAUGUCUUAGAAGAAAUUUUUGUAUCUAAACAAUCUAUAUACGAAGUUAUAGGUCAACUGGGUUUUUGGGGAAUGUUCAUCAAUAUAAUUCAAGUAUAUAUAUUUGAAAGAAAACACAUAAAAAAUGUCAAAUGGUCUAAAAAAACAAUUGGAUUUAUGUUUGGAUAUAAUAUUUCAUUAUUUAUAUUUUAUUCCCUUACACCCGUUUUAUUUAGAAUAAGUAGUGCUAUAUUUUAUAAUAUGUCAUUACUAACAAGCGAUUUCUGGAAUCUUAUCAUUGGUAUUUAUUUAUUUCAUUAUUAUAUUUAUUGGUUAUAUCCUUUCGCUUUUGUUCUUGUAAUUAUAGGCCUUUUAACAUAUCAUUUAUUUUUUAAAGAUGAAUCAAAAAAACCAUGGAUCAAUUAUAAUUAUGAAGAAAAAGUUGAUAGUAUUGAAACUUAUGAAAUACCAAAGAAUUUGCAAAUACAAUCUACACAUGAAAAUUCACCAGAUGUAAAAUAA